UUCAUAGCGUUAGAAAAUAAAGUCAAAUAUGUGUAUACGUGAAAAUGUGAUCUUGUUGAAGCUUUUUGCUCUUCAAAACAAAGAGUACUUGUGUCCUUACUGCCUGACUUUGGAGGAACUCACUCCAAAGCAGUGCUGGUGGCAGCAGAUGGAAAGAUCCUGGCAGAGACAGAGGGACCGUCCACCAACCACUGGUUGGUUGGAGUGGACAAAUGUGUUGAAACCAUCAAUGACAUGGUCCAGAGAGCCAAGACGGAGGCAGGGCUGGAUCCAAACACGCCACUAUGCUCACUGGGCAUGUCUCUGAGCGGAGGGGAGCAGAAGGCCGCCAUCGACAAACUGAUUGAUGACAUGAAGCAAAGGUUCCCAACUCUCAGCCAGCACUACUUCAUCACCACCGAUGCAAUUGGCGCCAUGGCGACUGCAAGCAAUUGUGGAGGUGUAGUGUUGAUAUCAGGGACCGGCUCGAACUGCAAGUUAGUCAAUCCCGACGGCUCACAGAUCGGCUGUGGAGGCUGGGGUCACUUGAUGGGUGAUGAAGGAUCAGCAUUCUGGAUCGCUCAUCUGGGGGUGAAGAUGGUGUUUGAUGCCAAGGACAACCUGGUGGCUCCUCCUCAUGACAUUACACAAGUCAGGAAAGCCAUGGAGGAAUACUUCCAGGUGUCUGAUCUGAUGGGCAUGCUACCACACCUCUACAGAAACUUCCAGAAGUCCUAUUUUGCUGGUUUUUGCAAGAAGCUGGCUGAAGGUGCAGAAGCAGGGGAUGCUCUCUGUCAGUAUGUGUUCACUCAGGCUGGGAGAGUCCUUGCAAAACAUGUAGAAGCAAUCCUACCUGCUGCACAAGAGCCUCUACUGAAGAGUGACCUCGGCCUGCCC